AUGGAUGCAGUCACACCGGCACCUGUAGUGCAUCACAAAGAUCGAGUAGCGAACAGUACCACUAUAGUAAAUCAUAAAGAUCGAGUAGCAAAUCGUGACACUACAGCACUGGAGGCUUUGGUUGACGAACCAAAGUCAUCUUUACAAGAUACAGUAUUGAAUGCACAAGUUCCACAUUCAGCAUUUGUCGACCAUCAGCCACCAAGACCAUCUUUGCCACAAUUAUCACCAACAGAACAGCAGUCGAAUUCAAUUGAAUCUGGCUUGCCCAAUGUGCUAGAAAACACUCAUAUCGUAGACCAGAUUUCUGCUGCAUCGCCAACGGCCAAGACACCUUCAUGCGCCGAGCCAUUUAAUCAAUCUAUAUUGAGCAACUCUCAGCAAGAAAAUAGAACAUCUAUUCCAGUUCCCGCUGCUUCUCAGCAUGUUUCUCCUACCAACAGCCUUAAUCGUAAAAGCCUGGACCGAUGUUCACAAUUUCAAGGAGAAAGUGUUCUUUCAAGUGGCAUGUGCGACCGCAACGCCCCAUGCGCCUCCGAUCCUGUAGAUAUCAAGUAUGGUCCAAAAUCGGCGCGAUUACACAGAUUUGAUAUCUCAUUGCGGGAUAGAGCCGAGCCUGCUGUUGAAGAUCCUGUCGAUAUUGGUCCAACCAUUGAAGAGUAUCACCCACCCGAAGCAUUUCCUCCAGGACCCCUCGAACCUGCCUUGGAUGAUGUUGAGGAGCAUAUGGCACGUAAAGUCGAUUCCAUGGGAAAUAUUUUGUACAUUAUCAUUUUGGUGGUCAUUAUUGGAUCACCUCUGAUCGUCAUCAGCGCAUUAUACGGAUACUGGAUUGUGCUUUCAUACAUCACAAUGGGGACUUGUAUUGCUGCCGCUGUAUCAAUCGGACUAAUUAAUUUUGUUAAGCGAGUACAACGAAGCGGGGCGGUUCUUUUUACAGUAUCCAACGUGCCUGAAAAUAUGACUCCUACAGAAUAUUUAAGGUCCAUGUAUCUUUCCACAUUAGGGUUUGAUGAUGGUCAUGAUAUGAUACACAAACUGGCAGAAAUUGGAAUCGCUGUUGGACUUUGGGCUCUUUUUAGUACUCUAAUUUUUACUACUAUUGCAAACAACAUAAAAUUUGCUGCUGCAGGUCUUGCUAUGUUGGUUGUGAGCAUAGUGGUGAGAUUUCCAUUUGCUCGAAAAGGCCUGUCAAGCUAUGUAGAUAAUACGUAUAUGGUAGCUUUAGACGGACGACGGUACUACAAUGGCAAAUCGUUAUGGCCGGCUAUUAUUUUGUUUGUACUGAGAGUGAUCUUUUUUUGCCUUGGGUUUAUAUCCCUAGUCUACUACGAUGGCAAUUUUACUGAACUUUCUGGGCUAUUUAGUACUACCAAGGUUCUCAAAUGGAUCUCGGUUUUUGUGUAUGUGAUCAUUACGCUAUUGCGCGAUUUGGUGUUUUUGAUUCCCAUGUCAACUCGACUUGAACAAUACAAGAGCUCCAUGAACUUUCGAGCCAUUGCACUCGGUGUCAUUACCAUUGCUCAAGUUAUAAUUGCUAUAUCUGCCUGUGUUGCUGUAAAUGGAUACUCUUCUUCAAUGGCAGUCGUAGCAUCUUAUCUUGCCAUUGAUUUUCGGCAUCCACGAUGUUCGUGGACAAUUUACCACAACUCAUAUUUUCAAGAACAUAUCAAUCUUCGAGCAAAACGGCGCGGAAUUAAAAACACUCGUAGCACGCUCAGAGUUCUUGGUCUUAUUUUGUUUAUAGCCAUCACGAUUGGAUUUUUUGCAGGAAGUACAAAAACGCUUCCAUUUUCUAAUCUACAUCAAUAUGGUAGUCCAACUCAAAGUUACCAGAAAUCAAAAAUCAAGCCGCCCGUAUGUGCAAUGGAUAUUCUUGGAUUGGACAUUCAAGACUAUGCGGCCUUGGCGCUUGCAGCGUAUGAUGCAGAACCCAUAAACUCACCCUCGCCAUGGAUAAAACGGCCCCAUUUGGCAAACUUUACACCAGGGAUUUAUGGUUCGAUCGAUCCAACAGGAAAGUCAUUCUAUAUCGAAUUUAGAGCUCCAGCGCCGAGUAAUUUAUCGAUUAUUGCUGUACGGGGUACACUGUCAUUUACAGAUAUUUUCCAGGAUAUAUACAUGUACAGCACUUCAGUACUAUUGCAAUCAAGUUCAUAUUUUGGCACAUUGGUGAAUCUAUGGCCAGUGGAGAUUACUUCACUGGCGGUAUAUCUGAUCUCGAGUGUUGGACGACCAGGACUGUCUCUUUCGUACUGGACAGCAGUGGCCAAACAAGUGCGAUUGCUGCAGACACAGGAUGGCAGAGAGGUUGUUAUUACAGGACACAGUUUGGGCGGAGCGAUUGCAGGGAUUGUGGGUUCCAACAUGGGUAUCCCAGCAAUCGGAUUUUCUGCGCCAGGAUUGGGAUUUCAAACUAUAAAUUAUGGUUUUAGUUUGGCCAACUUGGAAUCGACGUUUGUGAAUAUUGUGCCCAAUCAUGACGUUGUACCAACAUUUGAUGUGCAGUAUGGGUUUAUUCAAGAUAUAUCGUGCUAUAGUGGAGAACCACUUAGUUGCCAUAGCUUGCUAUUAACACAGAUCACGUUGGCUGAAUUGUGCAACUGA